AUGUCAUGUACUGUACGUAAAGAACUCUUUUCUAAACAAUAUUACCAGAACUUGAUAGUAACUAAAGAUUCAUCAAUUAAACUGAAAAAACCACCAAGUGCACGAUCUGAAUUAUGGUCAAAUUUUUCACAAGUAUACCAUUCAGAUAUUGCUCAAGAUUAUAUCGUGUGCCAUGAAUGUCAUAUUGUGCUAAAAUGGACAAGUGAAACAGGUACAAACGUUAUGAAAAACCACAAUUGUGGAAACAAAUUCACGUCUAAAAAAUCAACACCUUCACGUCAACGUACAAUUUCAUCUUACUUGCCACCAUCUCAAGAAGAUUAUUCAACAAUAAAAGAACGUAUUGUUGAAUCGUGCGCCGAGUUUUGUGCACUUGAUAAUAAAGCAUUUGAAACAGUAGCAGGUGAUGGUUUUAUUAGCUUGGCAAAGCAGCUUAUGAAUGCUGGUGCUCUUAUUGGAACCGGUUUUUCUGUUAAUGAAUUACUACCACACCCGACUACUGUCUCACGUAAUGUAACACGUACUUAUAAUAAGCUGAAACAACAGCUUAUUCUUUUUUGUGGAAAUGUGCAACACUUUACAAUCACUUGUGACUUCUGGACAGAAAGUUUAACAGGUUUACAUUAUGGUGGCAUCAGCCUGCAUUUCGUUGAUGUUGGUUUUAAUUUACAAAUGUUUAUAUUAGCUUGCAAGCUAUAUGAUCUUCCAAAUCAAAAGGCAUAUAAUAUACGUGAUUUUGUGAAUAUUGUAGUUGAAGAAUUUGGUCUGAAAAUAAAUGAAGAUAUAUUUAUAGUGUCGGACAACGAGCCGAAAAUGGUUGCUGCAUUCAGGGAUGGUGUUAUUCGAAUUGGUUGCAGCGCUCAUUACAUUAACAAGGUUAUUCAACAUGCAUUUGAAUUGGAAGAACCUUGCUGUUCUGGUGUUCAAGCAUUAUUUUCACUUGUUCGAGAUAUAAUCACUUAUGUUCGUCAAAUUCAUAAACAAUCAUCAUUAUCGAUAUGUGUUCAAAAUUAUUGUAAAGUACGUUUUAGUAGUGUGUAUAUUAUGUUAAAUACAUUUGUUAUGGUUUACAACGAGUUACCAUCUAUAUUGAAUACUACUCAAAGGCAAAAUUAUUUGAAAAUUAAUUAUGUCGAAUUGGAGCAAUUAACAAGAUAUUUGAAAUAUUUUCAUGAUGUUAUAGAAAAACUUAGCUGUGAACGCACACCAGCAAUACACCUAGUGGUUUCGUACAAACAGUUUUUAUUGAAUAAAUCGAAUGAGCAUGAUGAUGAUUGUCUUCAUUUAGUCCAAUUAAAACGUUACAUAUCGAAACAUCUUAACGAUUAUUGGAUCAUACAUGACAUACAUUAUAUAGCCAUGUUAUUACAUCCUAAUUUAAAAAGCUAUCAGCUUAUACCAGAUAAAAAAACAUGCUAUUACAUUAAUGAAAUUACAAAUUGA